UAAAACAGAAAACUUCCUGCGUUCGGGGUUUUUGUAAUUCAUUUAUCAGCUGGAUUUGAUCUUCAGGCGAUGGUUGGCGUUUUUCGGCUGACGGAUGGAUUGCGUCGCGGAUGGAGCGUGAAGCAGGUGCGUUUAUCGGCGAUGAUGAUGAAGGCGGCGCUGCUCUUCAUCUCCGUCGGAAGAUGAACUUCAGUCCCGUCGCACCGAGCUGCCGGAGGGCUUCGUGGAGGUUUAACGGAUUCGUGAUCGCUGGGAUAUCGAUGAUUCUGCUGGGAUCGGAUGGUUUUAAAGCGCGCGGAGCGUCAGUUCGUGAUCCCUGAAGGCUUCAGCGACCCGUAGAGCUCAAACUGCACCAUGCUGGCGUGUCUGCAGAGACAGAACCAACCGGCCCAACACCAACACCAACACCAACACCUCACGUGUGCUGCGAAGAUCCUGGACGUGCCGCUCAAUCACAGGAGUGAGCUGAUUUCCAUGCGCUACCCAUCCGCGGCCGAACUGGACGCCUACGCGCAAAGAACAGUCGACAGCCCGCUUUCAAUCCAGAUCUUCCCCACCAACAUCAGGGUCCCACAGCACAAGCAAAUCAGCAGGACCGUCAACGGCCUGGACACCGGCGACCAGGGCUUCGGCCCGUACUCGCACCCCUACGCUGGUGCCUACCAAGGCUUGCUGGCGAUCGUCAAGACUUUCUCCGCGGCCAAAGGCGUGCUAAAGAGCGCCGAUGGAAAACGAACCAAACUAUCCCCUAUCCAAAUGGCGGUGGCUCCGUAUGCGCCUCCCGGCGGGAACAGACACCGGCCGUACGGCGUCGUGUCCCAUCACAUGAGCCGUCCGUCCAACGUCCAGUCCAGUCCUUCGUUCUUGUCCGCGUCUUGCGCCGACUCCAGUUUUGCUCUGGCGUAUUCCGGAGCCGUUCUGCCCACUCAAAGCGCGGAUGUAGCUGGUUCCGAUUAUUAUUGGGCGCAUUAUCCGCACAUGUAUGGAUCGGGAAACCGCUCGCCUGACGUUUCCUACCGAUCCUACCCUCCCAGUCUAACGAUUCUAGACAAGGUCCCGACGUCCCCCGCGAUGCACGGUGAUUUCUCUGUCGAACCAAUCUAUCCCCUCUCCAAAUGGCGGUGGCUCCGUAUGCGCCUCCCAGCGGGAACAGACACCGGCCGUACGGCGUCGUGUCCCAUCACAUGA